UAAAUCUUUUUUUUCAUAAAUGUAAUAUAACCUUAGGAAAUACAAGAAGUUGUGACAAUAUAAUUUCAUUUUUGUGUGAUACGCUUGUGAUGAAAACUAUAGCACACUAUAUUUCAGAUGUGUUAAUUUAAAUUCUAAAAUAUUCGGCUUUCUAUUUACUUGUAUGAAGGAUGAUAAUGCAAAAACUGUAUGAAGGCAGGAAGUGAUGAAUUGUAUGGAUAAUAUAAAAUUAUUUUAAAUCAAUUUACGUAAAUCAAUAAAUAUGGAUGCAACAACAAUGAGCUAUUGUCCGCCAAACAUAACAUUUAAUGACAUUUGGGUGGAUCAUGGUGUGUCCAAGUGUUUCAUGGACACCAUCAGUACUGCUAUAAUUUCUUCAUAUUUAAUUAUAUUUGGAUCCAUCCAAUUGUGGAUAUACCACAAGUAUGGAACGGAUGCCGAUGAGCGUACAUUGCCCAGAAGCAAAUUGUAUAAUUUGCAAAAGUUUUUCUUAUAUUUUGUUCCCUUCUUGAGUAUACUGAGAAUAAUUUUGCAAGCUACAGUCUUGGACGAAGGAAUGGUGUAUGGAUAUAUGAUAUUUACAACAGUAAUGACAGUAAUUGUGUAUCCAUAUUCUAUCUAUAUAUUGAAAAUUGAAAGACAUAAACUAUUACCAAGUGUACCGCCACAUGGUCAUGGAUUAGUGCUAUUGGGUUUUUGGACUUUAGCAUUUGUUGCUGAAAAUCUUGUUUUUGUCAACAUUAGAAAGCUGGAAUGGUGGUUCCACUUAAAUUCUUUAACAGACCAGAUUGAAAUGGCUUUAUUCGUUUUGCGUUAUGUUAGUAAUCUAUUAAUCUUUGCUCUUGGUCUACGAGCUCCUGGUAUUGCUGGUAACAUUGAUUCUGAUUAUCGUACACUUAAUGAUGGUUCAACCAUAUCAUCGCGAUUUUAUCAAAGAAGACCAGAUGAAAAUAUUUCCACAUGGGCAAAUCUAUGGUAUAAGAUUAAAGUCUUGUCACCAUUCUUAUGGCCAAAAUCAGAUUUAUUACUUCAGUUGAGAGUGAUAUUUUGCUUUAUGCUAUUGCUAUCUGGACGUUUGAUAAAUCUUUAUGUACCAAUCUACAAUAAAAAGAUUGUGGAUAGUGUUGCAAUUGAACCUGUAGAAUUUAGAUGGGAUAUAGUAUUGAUAUACGUAAUGUUCAAAUUUUUGCAAGGUGGUGGUACAGGAGGUAUGGGUCUAUUGAAUAAUUUAAGAUCUUUUCUUUGGAUUCGUAUUCAACAAUACACUACUCGUGAAGUAGAGGUAGAACUAUUUAGGCAUUUACAUGGUUUAAGCUUACGAUGGCAUCUUGGAAGAAAGACUGGUGAAGUAUUGAGAGUCAUGGAUCGUGGCACAGACUCAAUCGAUAAUCUACUCAAUUAUAUUCUUUUUUCGAUUAUACCAACUCUUAUUGAUAUUAUCAUAGCUGUCAUAUUUUUCAUCACUGCAUUCAAUAAAUGGUUUGGUCUCAUCGUUUUCCUAACUAUGUGUCUCUAUAUUGCUGCUACGAUUCUAAUCACGGAAUGGCGUACAAAGUUCCAGAGGCGUAUGAAUUUAGCCGAUAAUGCUCAAAAAGCACGUAGUGUUGAUAGUUUACUUAAUUUUGAAACAGUGAAAUAUUACUCUGCCGAGGCAUACGAAGUGGAAAGCUAUAAAAAUGCGAUCUUAGAUUUUCAAAUAGAGGAAUGGAAAUCGAUUAUUACAUUGAAUAUCUUAAAUACUUUGCAAAACAUCAUUGUCUGUGGUGGUUUACUAUCUGGAUCAUUGCUAUGUUUAUAUAUGGUCGUUUCCCAUCAAGGUUUAACGAUUGGUGAUUAUGUCUUGUUCGCCAGUUAUAUAAUACAACUUUAUGUACCAUUAAAUUGGUUUGGAACAUAUUACAGGGCUAUUCAAAAGAAUUUCGUCGAUAUGGAAAAUAUGUUUGAACUGCUCAGAGAAGAACAAGAAGUAAUAGACGCACCAGGAGCUGCAUUAUUGGAUGUUAAGCGUGGACAAGUGGAAUUUUUAAAUGUAUCGUUCGGCUAUACCCCCGAGAAACUCAUAUUAAAAAAUGUUAGCUUUACCGUACCUGCGGGAAAAACAGUUGCGCUCGUUGGUCCCUCCGGCGCCGGAAAAAGUACGGUGAUUCGACUAUUAUUUCGUUUCUAUGAUGUGGAACAAGGCGCGAUAUUAAUCGACGGGCAAAAUGUGAAGACUGUUAAACAGAAGUCUCUCAGAAAUGCCAUAGGUGUCGUACCGCAAGAUACAGUAUUAUUCAACAACACUAUAAAAUACAAUAUCCAGUAUGGUUGUAUCGAUGCACCAGAAGCGGAUAUAAUUGCUGCUGCAAAGCAUGCAGAUAUCCACGAAAAAAUCCUUACGUUUCCAAAUGGUUAUGAGACACAGGUUGGCGAGAGAGGGCUUAAGCUCAGUGGUGGUGAAAAACAACGCGUUGCAAUUGCGCGUACAAUAUUGAAAGCACCGAAGAUAGUGCUGUUGGAUGAAGCUACAAGUGCUCUAGACACACAGACGGAGCGUAAUAUACAAGCGGCAUUAAAUAGAGUGUCCGCCGGACGAACUACUAUUAUUAUAGCGCAUAGAUUAUCUACAAUAAUUCAUGCGGACGAGAUCCUCGUCCUUAAAGACGGUGAAAUUAUUGAAAGAGGUAAACAUGAAGAAUUAAUUUCUCAUGAUGGUAUUUAUCAUACAAUGUGGCAAGCGCAGCUUGAAAAUAAUCAAGAAAGUGGAAAGAAUGAAGAAAGUUCUUCCAUACAUGAAAAACAUGUGUCCUAAUUAGUAAUAAGUUAAGAUAAAAAUUUUUAAUAGUUUUAUUAUUAUUAUUAUUAUUA